GGGGCGUGCGGUUCACCACAGCUCGUGGAGGGACCGUUGAACAGUCCCUUGAAUCUGUGCGUGAAUAAACUAGCCGGUGACCGCUUCCGGUAUCGCUCAAGUCACACCAGUUUCCAGGGCGAGUCCUGGCGGAGGCGGAAACCAGUACGCACCCAUCAAACCCAUCUCCCAUCAGUAGUGUAUUGCGUAUUGCGGAAGUCUCUUUUCGAUCGAUUUCGGUGCGUUAUGCAACCAAGAACCAAUCGGCGCACGCCUUCCUCGUGCCAUCGUGCGUCGUGACAGCGUCGAGCACCGGAGACCGAGACCGAGCCCGAGAAUGUUCGCCAUUCUGCUGUCGGCCGUGGCGGUAGCAUUGUUGUGCGUUUAUCUCAUCAACGAAUUUCGCCGCCCGCCCAACUAUCCGCCGGGACCCGCAUGGCUUCCGGUGGUGGGAAAUACGCCGUACAUACGGCAACUGGCCCGUCAGUACGGUGGUCAGCAUAAGGCGUUUGAGGUGCUGGGCAAAUCGUACGGCAGCGAUGUGAUUGGGUUGAAGCUGGGCCGAGAGUAUGUGGUCGUGGCCCUCAACUAUGCGGCCGUUAGCGAGGUUCACCGGAACGACGUUUUUGCCGGACGGCCCGAUAACUUCUUCAUCCGGCUUCGUACGAUGGGAACCAGACUGGGAGUGACCUGUACGGAUGGGCCGUUCUGGGCGGAACAUCGUAGCUUCGUGACGCGCCACCUCCGGCAAGCCGGUUACGGUCGCCAGCCGAUGCAGGUGCAGAUUCAGAACGAGUUGAACGAACUGGUGGACAUCAUCCGGGGAGCCCAGGAACGGCCGCUCUGGCCCGCCAGCAUCCUGUCGAUCAGCGUAAUCAACGUGCUGUGGACGUUCGUGACCGGCAGCCGGAUACCGCGCGAUGACGAUCGGUUGCGAAGGUUGCUGAAGUUGCUGCAGGAUCGCUCGAAGGCGUUCGAUAUGUCCGGCGGUGUGUUAAGUCAGUUACCGUGGCUUCGCUUCCUGGCACCCGACUGGAGUGGCUACAAUCUGUUGCGUCGGUUCAACGUGGAACUGAACGAGUUCUUCGCCACAACGAUCACGCAGCACCAUCGGGAUUUUAGCGAAGAGAAAGCAACCGAAGAUCUCAUCUACGCGUACAUCAAGGAAAUGCAUGACCGCCGGGACGACCCACAGUCCACGUUCACCGAUCGCCAGCUAACGAUGAUCAUUCUGGACAUCUUCAUUGCCGGUGGGCAAACGACGAGCACCACGCUGGAUCUUGCCUUCAUGAUGAUGAUCGUGCGGCCGGAUAUUCAAGCCCGCGUUCGCCGGGAGAUUGACGGUGCCCUGCGACCGGACGAGCUGCCACAGCAAGCGGAUCGCUCGCAGCUCCCGUACACCGAGGCGUUUCUGUUGGAAGUGCAGCGCUUCUUUCACAUCGUGCCCGUCAGUGGCCCGAGGCGUACGCUGGCUGACUGUAGCCUCGGUGGUUACCGGGUGCCGAAGGAUACCACGGUACUGAUCGGGCUGAAAACGGUCCACAUGGACCCGCGGUACUGGGGGGAUCCGGAGCAGUUUCGCCCCGAACGGUUCCUUGGGGCGGCCGGCGGACACGCGGAUCGGUUGAUGUUCUUUGGCAUCGGCAAACGGCGCUGCCUCGGGGAAACGUUGGCCCGUUCCUGCCUGUUUACGUUCUUCGUGGGGGUGAUGCAAAAGUUCGAUCUACUCCGACCGACCCCGGCCGACGGAGAACCAUCGGUGGAACCACCAUCGAUCGUGCUGAACCCGGGCAUCACGCUGUCCGCGAAACCGUACAAAGUUGUGUUCCGGCCCCGUUACUAGGUGGGAGCGGGAGCGUAGCACGUACAGUGUAUGGCUUGACUCUUCCAUUGUUUUCUUAGAACCCAAUGGGGAAACAUAAUAA